AUGGGGUCUGAAGGAUGCUGCGCACCUGCUCUGGGGUGCCUGCGAGUGUCUGGCCAGGUGAAGCCUGUGCACCUGUGCCGGGGUGUGGGUGUGUACACGUGUCCCGCGGGGCUGUGUAUCUGUCCCAGGGCGGGUGUGUCCCAGUCCCGGGGUGAUGCUCGUCCCGCCCCGCCGCUGCCGGUGUUCCCGCCCGGCUCGGUGGGUUGGUGGGUGCAGCCGGCCCGGCCCCCGCCCCCGGGCUCCCGGCAGGGAGGCGGGGAGGGCCGGGGCCAGCCCCGCUCUGAUCCCUCCUCCUCCUCCUCCUUCCCCGCCCGCCGCCUUUUCCCCGCUGCCGCCGCCGCCGCCCGCCGGGCGCAUCCCAGCGGACUCUGCCGGGACUCGGGGCGGCGGCGUUCGCCGCCGGCCAUGGCCGUGCCCGCCGCGCUGCUCAGCCCCCACCACCUCCUCUCCUUCUGCUUCCCCGCCGCCGGCGGGCUCCUGGGCUAUGCCGACCUGGAGAAGGGCUACGAGGGCAGCGGCGGCGACGCGGGGGACUUUAGAGAAGCCACCCGGGACCUGCUGAGCUUCAUCGACUCGGCUUCCAGCAACAUCAAGCUGGCGCUGGACCGGCCGGUGAAGUCCCGGCGGAAGGUGAACCAUAGGAAGUACCUGCAGAAGCAGAUCAAGCGCUGCACCGGCAUCAUCGCCGCCGCCGCCGCCGCCCCGCCGCCCGCGCCGCCGCCCGCCGCCUGCCCGCCCGCCGCCUGCCCCGCCCGGCCCCCGCCGCGCCGGGAGCCCGCGCAGGCGGCGGGCAGCAGCCUCCAGAGCAAGAGCCUGGCCGCCCUCUUCGGCUCCCUGCAGCGGGGCCGGGGCGCGGCGGGCGGCGCCGAGGCACGGGCGGGCGGCGGCGGCGCGGAGCGGGCGGCGGGCGGCCCGCGGAAGGUGCCGCUGCGGGACCGCAACCUGCCGCCCUCCUUCUUCACGGAGCCCGCGCUGCCCGGGCCCGCCGCCCGCGGGCCGCCCGCCAAGGAGCCGGAGAAGGGCGGCGGGGGCGGCGGCGCCGAGGCCACCGAGUUCUUGGAGCUGCUGUGCCCCGAGUACGGCGCGCUGCUGCCCGAGCACGCCGCCCCGAGCGACGCCUUCGGCGGCCGCCUGCCCGCCGAGCUGGGGCUGGAGCACGGGCUGUACGAGCUGCCGCUGCCCGCCGGGCCGCACCCGCUGCUGGGCGGGCUGCUCUACCCCGAGCCGCCCUGGAGCCCGGCCGCGCCCUGCAGCCCGCCCAGGAAGGCGCCGCCCGAGCCGCUGCGUCCCAUCUACCCCGGCGGCGGCGGCGGCGCCGAGCCCGUGCCCGGCAGCGGCGGCAGCAGCGAGGAGCCCGGGGGGCACCUGCCCGCGGGGUUCGCCCCCUUCUUCCCCGAGUGCCCGCUGCCCCCGCCGCAGCCGCCCUACGACUACGGCGGCGGGUACCACCGCGGGGGCUACCCCGGGCUCUAG